AUAGCAAGCCACGCCACCACGGUGAAUGAAAGAUUGCACGUAUAUAGCUUCAGAAUGCCUUAAAUAUGAAGUUGCGUAGAUCGUUAUCUCGUUCGAUUGAUCAACUUGAUCGGCUUGACAAGUUUGAAUCUUUCGGGCCUGUUUCAACCCUUCAUCAUGAAGUUUCGAAGCCUGAUGUGCACCGCGACCAUUGUCUAGCAUGUCCAUUGACUUGUCCUUAGAUCGUAUCCGAAAGCUGCAAGAACACCUGCCAAAAUACACUCGACCGACAUGUCACAUAGCUGGGACAAACGGCAAAGGGAGUGUUUCUGCACUCCUGACUUCGAUCUUCCGGGCAGCAUCCCCACCAUUCAAGGUGGGCCGAUUUAAUAGCCCACAUCUCGUUUCGGUGUGCGAUUGCAUCACAAUUGAUAACGAGCCUGUGUCUACCGACACGUAUUCCGAAACCCGUUCACGAGUAGAACAUGCAGACAGGGAUAAUAAUAUCGGAGCUAGUAACUUUGAAAUCCUCACCAUGACAGCACUCCUGAUCCUCGAGGACGCCGCUGUGGAUGUUUCCGUCAUCGAAGUCGGAAUGGGCGGCGGGCUUGAUGCCACCAAUGCGAUUCCAGAUGAUUGCAUCGUCGUUUCCGGACUCACAGCAGUCGAUUUGGAUCACCAGGCCUUCUUGGGAGACACGAUCUUAGAAAUUGCAAGAGAAAAAGCUGCGAUCUGUCGCGCAGGAAAACCUUUUGUCGUAGGACCACAAAGGUAUCCCGAAGUCAUGGGUAUAGUUCAGGAAACUGUGACCGCUGCCGGCGGAGAGCUUUUGAAAGCUUCGACGCCAGACAUUCGAGAUUGGAACGAAGCUAUCGACGGACCAGCUCCUUCCAUUAGCUCACUACUACCGACGACAUUCCAGAAGCCUCCACCACAACCAGUAACGAUAGGGCUAGCUUGCUUCCCGCAGCCUUUGCAGCUCUUGCUGCCACUUCAAGGAAAGCACCAGCUCGCGAACCUGGGAACGGCUUUGUCGAUGGUUUCAGCUCUCUUGUCGCACCCCGCGAGCGCUGAACGUAUCUCAACCAGCCUUCCAAAUCGUCUUAAUCCAGCCGCUAUCCGUCGGGGUGUAAGCGCAGUUAACUGGCCAGGAAGACUCUCCUUCCACAAGAUAACAUUACCUCUACACAAAAGGGACCUAAACCAAGAAGAAUCGCUCGCUGCCGAAGAAUUGUUGGUUCUGGUGGAUGGCGCACACAAUCCUGCCUCGGCCGAGACAUUGGCAACGUACAUCGAUGAACUACUAUCUCAAGUUCUUUCAAGCACACCUGACCAACUCACAAGUGUUACGCAAUCUGGACGUCGCCGGAUCACUUUGACAUACCUCCUCGCUUUAUCUCAUUCACCACCCAAGACACCCAUCCAAACCCUCACACCACUUCUUCCCCCACACAUCCCCAAAGGGCGUUCUAAAGUAGACAUCAACAUUAACGUCGGAUUAUUGAGGUUCACACCGCCAGAAGGGAUGCCUUGGGUCAAAUCAGUGCCUCCCGCCGAAUUAAGGGGCGUAGUCUCGUCAUUAGUCCCUGAUGCAAAUAUUUGGUCUCCCAAGGACGAGGAUACCCUUGAUAGUCAAUUGACCGAGGCGUUAGAGUGGGCGUAUGGGAGGCAAGAGGAUAACACCGGUCAUCUUGGUGAAGGCUUGGUUGUGGUGGCCGGCAGUUUAUAUCUGGUAGCCGACUUCUAUCGGCUACUAGGAGUGGCUUUUUGAUAAGCAUGCGCUCCGGGUCUGGAGGCAAAGGCCGACCGACAUGCAUGAAAGCGCAGGUGGCUCGGGGGAUGAUACUGCGAUCGUCUUGGCUGUCAAGAAACAAGCACCGCGGGUAACAAUAUGGUGGUCAGCUUGUUGAUAAAGAUAGGCCAAUUGAUAGCUCUUUGCUCUCUCUGCAGGACAAUGGUGCUUGUUGUGGAGCAGACAUAUCAUGUCAGAGCCAUGAAUACCGAAGUUGCGAGUGUGGGGGACUUUAUACCAUUAUCUACCCAAACCAGUACUGUAUUGCCAAGGGAAUAGACGAAGCUGAUCAGUAUUAUAUACCCGAAUGUCCUAAUGCAAGCCCAUACG